GAGAGCCUUCCACCAUGGUUCACAGACAGCUCCCCGAAAUGGUGUUGCUGCUCUUGGCUUCUUCCACUAUCUUCUCUCUAGAACCGAAACGGAUUCCCUUCCAAUCGAGGAUGAACAGAGAAAGUCUACAACUACUGAAACCAUUGCCAAGCUCGUCAGUCCAGCAGUGUCUAGCACACAGGAAGAAUUUCCUGCUUCCUCAGCAGCCUGUGAGUCCUCACCAGUACCAAGAGGGACAGGUGCUGGCUGUUCUGCACGAGAUCCUUCAGCAGAUCUUCACGCUCUUCCAGAUACAUGGGUCUAUGGGCAUCUGGGAGGAAAACCAUAUAGAAAAAGUCUUAGCUGCGCUUCACCGGCAGUUGGAAUACGUGGAGUCACUGGGCGGACUGAACGCAGCGCAGAAGAGUGGGGGCUCGAGUGCGCAGAACCUUAGGUUACAGAUUAAAGCCUACUUCAAGAGGAUCCACGAUUACUUGGAAAACCAAAGGUACAGCAGCUGUGCCUGGAUCGUUGUCCAGAUGGAAAUCCACCGUUGUAUGUUCUUUGUGUUCAGAUUCACAACAUGGCUGAGCAGACAAGACCUAGACCCUUGAACACUGAGAAGCAAGAGCCAACAGUGGAUUUUAAAGGCAUAGGUUGGUGGCAGAGUG